CCUCGCUCCUCUACAUGUCCAUGCGCCUGGCUCUCCCAUCCCACAUGUGCAGUACUGGUUGCCUGAUCUCUAUCUGUCAAAUUAACACGCCUUUUCGAGGACGUGCAAUCAACAAGGGUAACCAUGGACCCUUUGACCGCGUUGGGCCUGGCUUCCAAUGUCUUCUCGUUCGUCUCAUUCGCAGCCGGUCUCAUCAAAGGCACCGUUGAAAUCAGCGCAUCGGCUACUGGAUGCAGCAUUGAUGUUACUAGACUCGACGUAGUUUGUGAGAAACUGCAAGACUUGUGCGAUGGCCUCGAGUCUUGCACCGAGUAUAAAAUCCCGGGGACGGAUGCUGAGGAGCAGGUCAGCAAGGUAUUCGUUGCAGUCAAGAGCCUUUGCGCGACCUGCAGAACCGACGGACAUGAGCUUCUUCGAAUCACAAGAACACUCAGGACGAAGAACGGCUCCAGAGGAAAGUGGGAUAGCUUCAAAGUCGCUCUGAAGAAAGCCUGGGAAAAAUCUAGCAUCGAUGAGCUUGAAGAACGACUCUCCCGAACGCAAGUCACCAUGACACUCCAUAUAUGCACCCUGGCACACCAUUGCAGCCGCGCUCAGUCGGAGCGGGUAGAAUAUUUACAACAGCAGAGUCUCUUGUUGCAGGCAGAUCAAGGAAGAUCCCUCGAGCGGAUCAGUCAAGGACUCAAAGACCUAGAGCAUAGGGUGCGUCUAGGGCUACAAGCAGGGUACUCGCAACAUCCACAAGACGGUUUCACAUUGAGUGAUGUCAACUGCUUGCAGGAGAAAUUGCAGUCGUUGUCUAUUUCAGAACAGAACGUGCAAAGACAACAAGCCAUCCUAGAGAGCCUCACCUUCGAAAGCCGUCCCGUUAGACAUUCGCAAAUCGCCCCUGCCCACAAGAAGACGUUCAAAUGGGCACUCACGACAAAUCAGGAUCCAACUCUUGGUCACAGCAUUGGUUCUUGGCUCAAACAAGGAGAUGGCAUAUUUUGGGUGUCCGGAAAACCUGGAUCAGGAAAGUCGACCCUCAUGAAAUAUAUCGCCGAUUCCAGCGUCACUUCCCAAUUCAUUGCCGAGUGGGCUCGACCUUGCAGAGCAGCAGUUGCCAGUCACUACUUCUGGAUUACAGGGACACCCAUGCAAAAGUCCCAACAGGGUCUUCUCCAGACUUUGCUAUUCGACAUAUUCCGCCAACGCCCAGAUCUGAUCGAGCAAACAUGCUGGGACAGGUGGAAUGGCCCAGCAACUGUGGCCCCUUGGUCGCUGGCGGAGCUCCAUGGAGCUUUGCAGACAUUUGUGACAAUGGACCAUGCUAAUCUCAAAUUGUGCUUCUUCAUCGAUGGCUUGGAUGAAUACAGCGGUGACCACGAAGACCGAACUCAACUUUGUCGAACCCUGAAAGGUCUCACAACGUCAGGCAAUAUAAAGCUCUGCUUAUCCAGCCGUCCCUGGAAUAUUUUUGAGGAGGAAUUCGGGCUUGAAUGUCCCAAAAUUUACAUGCAGGACUUGACACGAGAUGAUAUUGAGAACUACACCUCCAGUCGACUCGAAGAGCAUACGAGGUGGGCUGCAGUCUCCGCUAACCAUUCUCAAGGGCAGUGGCUAGUCUCAGAAAUUGCGGCGAAAUCUAACGGGGUCUUUCUUUGGGUGUUCCUCGUCACGAAGCUCUUGAGAGAAGGGAUGACCAACCGAGACACAUUUGCGGACCUCCGUCGGCGUCUGGAAAGCUUUCCGUCAGAGCUCGAACCUUUCUUCAAGGCCAUGCUUGAAGCCGUUGAGCCUUUCUAUCACAGCCACAUGUCAACAGCACUGCAAAUUGCCAACGCUUCGACCGAAAGUCAGUUCAGCUUCCUGGUUUACAACUUCCACUUCCAGGAAUAUGAAGACAGCGACUACGCUAUAAAUCAUCCUAUUCGACUCAUGAAUGCGGAUGAGAUCGAGGAGAUACGGAGCAACACAUCCUGGCAACUCGACAGCAGAACCCGCGGGCUUCUCGAGGUCAAUUCUCAAGAUGGAACUGUAGCCUUCCUUCACCGGACUGCUAGGGACUUCUUGAAUACUCAGGAGAUGUAUGACUUUCUCAUCACCAAAGCUGACCCUCGUCUGAACUUCCGUCCAAUCCUCAGCAUCCUCAAAGCCCUCAUUGCUACGAUUAAAACUUCCGAGGUCCCACAUACUAUCAAGCGAAAGCGUUUUGCGAAUUUCGAGCCGGUAAAAACCGACAACAUAGCCUUUCACAGCGUGCUGAAGCUAAUGGGGUCAGCCAUGAGAUAUGCCAGUGAGAUUGAAUCUCAUAUGGCCGGCGAUAUUCGCCACCACGCUCUGAUGGAUGAACUCGACCGCAGUCUUCUUUGCAUGUUCUCCAUGAAAGAUACCAAGUUUGUUCCCGGCUAUUGGUCAAAAAUGAAGCAGGCAUUCCUGCGAGAGCAACUCGUACAACAGGGGCACUUCGAUUACCUUCGAAGCAAGCUGGAUUCUGAUCCAACCUUUUUGAAAAACAUCGGGACGCUUCCAGUACUGCGAUUCUUUUCACCGGAUCCGACCAAGAAUAUCCAACUGGAACGAGGACGAGGAACCGACGUCUUGGCCUGUCUACUGGACAAUCAUGGCAUGGAUCCGAACAAGGAGGAUGACUGCCAAGGAAUCAGUCCCUGGAACGAACUCCUGGCCCAUAUGUGCCACUGGUGGCUGAAAGAGAAGAAAUAUGCAAUGCGGAUCCUCUCCUUCCUACUCGAAGUAGAAAUCCUCAAGCUUUUCCUGAAAGCUGGAGCUGACCCUGGCGCCUUAAUCGUGGGGCCCAGUCCUGCGUCUGGCACCUACAAGAGCAGGGCUGCUGCAGUGGUCUACCUCGAAUUUUGUUUCGACAUGCUGGACCAGUCUCCACCGACACAAACACUGUACCUCGAUGUGCUCUCGGAAUUCCUGCGGCUUAGUAGCGACGUGGUCUUGGGAAAUGUCACUGACGAGUUCUGCGCGGUCUUGAUUAACAAGGAGAAGGAGGAGCUGCACUGGAAGUUGCCUUUCUUCGCCAAGGUCAACGACUUGUUACGGCUUAGCUUAGCUUCUCGAGGAUCGGGGACUGCAGAGAAUCUUCUGUCCCUGGAUCGAAUGAGUAGACAGAUCUUCCCGUUGGAUUUGUACACGCCAAUGAGUGUUGCAACAAAGCCCAGAAAGAGGAAGAGGAAACAUAAUGAGAGCAGCUCGGGGCGGCACCAGAAACAUAAAAGAGAGGCAUGAAUGGAAUCAUACUGUGAGUAGUCACCGCCAUAUAAGAAAUAUCAGCCACCUGGGAAGCCAACCAACGCAACCGCGACUUCAUCACACGGAUGAUAGUAGCACAAUAAUAGCCCCAGUUGAAUUGAGACAGUUAAUAGAGUACAAAUAUGGGCCUUUGGCGAUCCUCAUAUUUUAUCAUUGUGUCAUUAUAACCGUGCUAUUUUUUUCGAUGACCAUUGUGCUAUCAUAUGUGCGAAGAAGUCACCUUUACUUGUGCAGAGUCAGGUCUGUAGUCUGAAAGACGGCAGCGUCGUAGUUGCCGUGAUGGCAUUCGGCCCACCUAGUCACACCCCAGCACUCCACAAUGUGAUUCAUCUCCACUGAUAUAGAUCUAAUUAAUAGAAAUUUGCUUUUCAGAGAAGCCCUACUGGCUGUGGCCCAUCAAAUGGGUUGCGAGGUGUGUGGAUAAGAUCCGAGCUCGUCAAGGCUUUUUAGUCGCGCCCGGGAGAGUUUGCGCGGCACACGUCUGUGCUACUGUGUGUAAAUCGGGGCAUCCGUCGUUGACGUAUGCCACCUAUUUGAAUUACUCCUAACGAAGUCCCAUCGUGGACCCCUUCCAGCGCAGUGGUCGCGACUGGAUGUACCAGGUUUCCUACAUCCGUUU